AGCGCAUUGAUACAAGUAAACGUAUCCUGUCCGAGUAAUUCCGUUCUACCGUGUCACUCCAAGAUUUUAUAAUGGCGUCGUCGGUUGAUUCUCUUCUUGUGCUGUUUUAAAACUUGGAGGGGUUGGUUCAAGGAACCCUUCCUAGGUUUAAAACAAGAUCCCAACAACUACUGUGUUGUCAAGAUUGAUUUCAACCAAAAUUUCAAAGCGAUUGUUCAUCUUUGUGGGUUUUGGUAACCCGAUGCGAAUCGCCACACCAGAAAAUCGACGAAGGAUCAGAGCUCCAAGUGUUGUGAGUUGGUGAGUCACUGGUUGGCUACCUUUGAUGUGAUCGCCACCCAACACUCUCGGGACUACUGUGUAUUUCAUCAUUUGAUGAAAUAAAAUAAGCAUACGAUGUUAUAAGCAACACGUGUUCAUUUACAACACCAAAGUCAGAAAUCCUCUGUCAUGAGCAUUCUCUGACACUACUGACAGUGAUUUCGUCAUAAAAUCACCCGCUAUGGAAAUGGUACUAGUAACUGCGUCUUUGUUUAUAAACUGUUUCACAGUGUUGUGACAUAAUCACCGUGGACACCUUUUUAUUCUAAAUUCUUCAUAAGGAAUUAUAUUAGUUUGAUUUGAAUAACUAGUUUUUAUAUGUACUAGGCCUGCACAAUGCAAUAUUUUAAACAGACUCAUGUUAGUUAGGCCUCACUAUACUAUACUCACUUUCAAUUAAUUUUGUUUUAUGUUCGAGUUUGAUAAAUGCAUUUAACUUGCAAUCAAUAGUUUCUUCAACACCCAGAAACUAUAUUCUGAUUGGAUUAUUCACUGUGACAUGCUGACUUUCUGAUAAAACUUUGAUUGCAUAAUACCUUCGUAAUCAACCAAAAUGGCACAAGUCAGAUGCAAUACUACAGGUGUUGGUUAUACCAAAAACAUUUCAUACGUUAACAGUAUUAACUUUUCUGCUGAAGGUGCUAAGAUGAGAAACACUUCAAACAUUUGAUUUACAUUUCUUGAUAUGAACCUAAUCACAAUAAUGGCCGUAAUACCUCCACCUUUAUCCCCUUCAAGUCAAGUGCUUAAAUUCGACUCUUUGGCUUGACAAAAUUAGACUUAAAAAAAGACCACAGGCCACAGGCAGCAUUCAAUAAUUACCAUACUCAGAAUAUCUUUGGUGCUAUUUUGCUAUAAAUAACUUUUUAUAUAAUAGUAUUGUCUUGUUAUUUUAAUGCAACAAGUGUAUCUGUGAUUCAAGAUUCCGGACCAGUGUAUUUCACUUUAUCCAGUGGUGUGAUUACUUGUCCAACUUUUCCCCCCUAUCAUUCCUAGUUGGUUCUAUGAACCGACAGCGCUCAAGGCCACGACUGCAGAUUAGUCAUGGGCCCAAAAAGAAAGUGGAAUAUGAACACCCACCAGACUUAGGUAAUUUAUCACCUGAUUUACAACCAUGUUCACCCCCAACAUUUUGCACUCCUGAAGAUGGAGCAGUGCAAGAGCAAUUUCUUGUGAUCGGAAAAUAUGUCAUUCAUCAGUCCAAUCCAUCAGUUGAAUGUUGUACUGCCAUUGAUAAAACCACAGGCCAGGAGUUUAUAUGCAAGGUAAAACCAACAUUGUAUAUUUAUAUUACCCGGAACUUAGUAUUAUUUAUUUAUUUUAAUUUUAUAUAUCAGGCUAUAACAUAACUAUCCGCCCCAUAUUGCCAUAUUAUUUUCUGGCCUAGCAACACAUUGCUCUUUGACUUCAAAGGAUGUUGCUCUCUAUAGACUAAUAGACUUAAAAUGGGCUCUUAAAUAAAGUAAAAAUGUAACAUUCCUACCCUACCUACGGCUCCAUAAUAUUUUCUUAGAUGUAAUUUAUAAAAAUUGUAAAAACCUUUAUUAUUCUGUUAAUAGUUAAGUACAAGUCCAAAUUAUUAUGCAUAUGGAUUAUGGCUAUGGGUUCAGAAAUGAGAAGGUAAAAUGUAUAUUUCAAUGAUUGUGAUAAAAUUGACUAGACUGUAAAAUCAAAAAAGUAAAAUUAGUGAUCACAGCAAUAUUUUAUAUUUUUUUUAAAUGUCCACAAUAUACUAUAACUAAGACAACUAUAUUAUAUAUAGUCUAUAGGCUUAUAUUUUGUCCAACAAACAUUGAUGGGGAUGAUAAUGAUUAAAGUAACAUCACCUACUAACUACUAGGACAUGUUUCUAUAGCUAGUGCGGGCUUAACAAAAAACAAUGGAAUUUCUUCUUGUUUUGCGCGCCAUAAAUGAAUUUCAAGUCAAAGGGAAGGCUAAAACCGUUGCCGUUAGUUUUCUCCAAUGUAAAAAGCACAAGCAGUGAAAAUUAUAUAGUAUAGUGUUAGCAUAGCUAAGUCAAUAAGUUGCACGGCUGCUUAUCUUUAUCUUAUAGUUGGCCAACCCCAUCUUUUCGAUAAUUUAAAAAUCCUGUGUUGAAAAAAUCUUAAUUUUAGUUCAAUCGCAAGAUAAGAUCGAGACACUAGUCAUAGUCAGAAAUUAAUUUAUGUUAGUCACAUGACUUUUGCCGCAUUAAAAAGGAAUCUUAACUCACGGUCACAUGACAGUUAUUUUUAGCAUGCUUGGUCCUGUUUGAUUAAAACAAUUUAAUGUUUUCGCGAAUUAUUUAUCUUAAGCAUAACAAAUACACUUAAUACUACCGGUAGCUGAUUUAGAUUAGCCAGACGUAAGGGUAUUGAUUAAAGUGUUGCGGUUUCAUCAUGCACAGUAAAACUAGCGCACGGUCUGGUAUGACAUUCUGGCUGGUUGGCUGACCUGCUCAGUCCGUUAGCUUUGCGGUUGCGGCCUCAGCUCGCUACGUGAUAAAACCCAUGUGUCGGGGUCAUUUAUGACAAGUGGACGAGAGGAUUGCCCGCGGAUCGCUCGGUGCUCUGUGUUAUCUGAUGUUGACCACCCUAACCUUAACUGGUCAGCCCGCUACUGGCACAUCAAGGGGUUCAUCAUCAGAAGGGUGCACGUGACCAAAGAUUUUUGUAGUUGCAUACUUUUCAGACUUCUGAAACGCCUUCGCAGCUACUUUAUUAUUAUUUUUUGUUUAUAAAACUUUAAGAAUUGUUUACAUUAUAUAAAAUUAUUUCGUCGCUGUGACUUAAAAAUAGAUUAAAUAUAUACAGUAAUACGGUAGUCAUUUGUGGAAGGAAAGUAGAGAUUUUUAUUUGAUGGGAUUUAAAUAUUAAAAUUAAAUCCACAACAAACACCACUUUGUUGUUUCAGUAAGAGGCCUAUACUUAGGCCUAUAUGACGUCUUGCUAGUUUGGCCGAAUUUUGAUACGCCCCCCCCCCUUUUUUUUUCCCCGAUGCAAAUUAGUCGCAACAUUCCUUAACAACAAAAUUUAACAUCGCCGAAAAUCGUGACCCCCCCCCCUUUUUUUUUUUCCUUCUUUCUUUUCACGUCUUCAUUUGCGGUUGGCCCCUAAAUAGCAUUAGUGGGCAUAAAAAAAAAAAAAAAAAAUAUUAAAAAAAAAAAAACGGUAUUUUUAAUUUCAUAAAAACUCACCUAAGACUAUGCAUAUAAAAAAUAUUAUUAUUAUAAGUGGUUUUAUAAUAUUAAAUGAAAGUAAAUUAGUGCAAGUAAGAAAAAAAAUAUUCUGAUUCAUUUUAGCUAGCACCGGACACUAAGAUCAGCAAUAAUCUUCAGGUGAAUAAAUCAUUCACAUUAACAACUACCACAAUAGUCAUCAAUUUUAGCAUGUGUCUGAUAUUAUCUUUUUUUCUUCAUUUAGGUUCUACCAUUGUGUAAAUAUAGACAAAACCUUGCCCCUUAUUUUGCUACUGAUGGUCACCCUAACAUUGUCAGCAUCUGGGAGAUAAUCCUUGGUCAAACUUCAGCUUAUGUCUUCUUUGAACGAGGCUAUGGAGAUCUUCACUCGUAUGUGCGGGAGAAGAAGAAAAUUAAGCAGGCUGAAGCCCGUGAACUUGCACGCCAAGUUGUUGCCGCCGUGCAUCAUUGUCACGAAAAUGGCGUUAUUUUACGAGAUCUCAAACUGAGGAAGUUUGUCUUUAAAGAUGCAGAGAGGUAGGUGAACUUGCACAUUUCUUUAAUCUCAUUUAAUCUUUUGUUAUUUAGAAGCAUCUGUGAUAUCUUUAUGGCCUGAAUUUUUCAUUGCGUACUUGUGUAUAUUCAAUUUGGUCGUCAGAUAAAAUACUCAGGAUGUGAAAAAUAAAGCAAAAGGAUGUUUAGUUACUUUGUUUGUGCGUAAACCGUUUGAUGAUUUUUCACCACAUAUAUUAUUCCCCACAUGAAUAUUCCUUAACAUUUUUGUGGGAUUGUUGCCAGUGAAACAUGAUUGUGAAACUCAUUAUCAGCCACACAGAAUUCAGUGAAAUACAUAUUUUAUGUUUAAAACAAUGAAGGAAAAAUUGCAGUCUUUGGCAUUGGAACAGUUUGUUUUAUGUCUCUGUUUUGAGGAUAACUUUAUUUUUCCCUGGAGGAUGCAGCUGUGUUAAUACCGGUUCAGGCGGGCCAGGAAUAAACAUGUCACACUUUUCAAUAAACAAAACAUCAAAAACAACCCAUGUUCAAGUCCAUGAGCUUUGUAGUUGUAGCUAUAUAUUUACUCAGUUGCCAGAAAUUCAUCAUUUAAAUUGUGAUUACUACUUCUACCUCAUGUGUAAACCAAAUGCACUGUAAUAUUUUUGUAGCAGCUACUAGAAAUAGGGUCAUAAUAUUUUCAUACUUAAAUGGUAACUUUGCUAUUGAAAUUUUGAAUUUUUAAAUUUUUUUUACAACACACUUCAUCAUAAUUUCAUGUUGUCCCACAGAACUGAACUUCGACUCGAUGGUCUUGAUGAUGCCAUCACUCUUGAGGAUGAUGAAGCAUCGGACACCUUAACAGACAAGCAUGGCUGCCCUGCUUAUGUUAGUCCUGAGAUCCUGUCAGCCCGAAACGGAUACUCUGGUAAAUGUGCCGACCUUUGGAGCUUGGGUGUCAUGAUAUACACCAUGCUUGUUGGCCGCUACCCAUUUCACGAUAGGGAACCAAUAGCGCUUUUUGGAAAAAUUCGUCGCGGCGCCUACAAGAUUCCUGAUACCGUGCCAGCUCGUGCUAAGUGCCUGGUACGCAACCUUCUCCGUCGGGAACCCAGUGAGCGCCUGAGUGCUGCAGAGGCAUUGGAUCAUCCUUGGUUCACCCGCCCGCUAAUGGUGGAGCCUCCCAAUCGGCCUGUUCUGGUACAGAAAGGUGUAGACCAGACGGUUCCUGACUACGAUUACCCCAUGGAAGAGAUUUCCCUGGAUUCCUCUUUGCCUAACUAGCUGUCCAGUAUUUUCUUGUCUCCGUCUACAAAAUAACCCAAUAUUUAAUGUUAGUUGCAUAGUCUCAUCACCUUUUUCAAAUUUUUAGGCACCACCAACCAUAUCUUUGUGUUUGUACUUAAAACGUCAAAGAAGGUUGCUGAGAAUUCUUUCCAUGGUGGAUAAAUGUAUUUCUUACUUUGAUCGAUGUUGGGGGUAAAGAGUUGAAAGCUAGGUGACACAUACAGCUUCCUGAUCAACUGCGGCUAGGACUGUAUUAUCUAGUGUUGCCUUUUCAAAAUUUCCCCUCCCUUCAUUCACUUUUCCAAUGUUGUUUUAUCAGGAGUCCAAUAUGACAAUUAUUAAAGACAUUAAUAUGGUUGACUUUGGCUGAAACUUUAAGGUUGCCACUUCCACUAGUGAUAUAUAAAUAGAUGUGUUUUUUAUUAUUUUUUUUUUUACUACUUAUUUAUUACUUUUAUGUUUUAAUUAUUUUUUUUUUUUGUAAGCAGAAUUACAUCACAGUACCAGGAAAUUGAUCAUUAUGUUGUGUAUUCAUCUGUUCAGUGUAUAAUCAUUGAAUACGUACCUAACUGGUUGGCAUAGGGUUGGGACAGUUGUAUCAAAAGAAUUAUAAAUAAAAACUAUUAGGUUGUCUCCUCUCCCCUGUAUUAUUACAGCGAAGCUAAAAAGAACGCUAAAAAUUAUUAGUAAUUUCUUUAGUAAAGAGCUGCUUAAUUAAACACUUAUUCAACUCUAGUUUUAGCAUAGAUCAUUUUGAAACUAUCAUAAAUGUAUUUUCUUAAAAGAAAAUCGGUUGUUUUAUAUCAAAAUGAAUUAAAAAGAACGAAACACAUUUUUAUUUGCCUAACCACUUAUACUUAAACUUAAUUGCAUUGGUCAGAAUAAAAUUCAGCUAUUAAAUUUGCAAGUUGGGGUUCUACAGAUGCUGUUGUAUUGUAUAAUAAUGUGUACUUGGAAAUAUGUACUGAGAGAUUUUCUUGUCUUUUAUUUAAAUCAUAGAUAUUUUUAAUAAUUAAAUUAAAAAUAGGCUCAUAUUUCAACGGGGAAAAUAUUUUUAAUAAGAAAAUAUAACUGUAUGUAAUUAUUCAUGUACACUUGCUAACAGUAUCCGUGGGAUAGACAAGAGACCACCAUGAGCAGUUGAAUGAGUCAGUUCAUAUUUCACUUCCGCUGUAUUUAGGUUUUAAGAAAGGCUUCAUGAUACAAAACUUAGCUCAUACCAAACAUACUGAUAUUCACCUAGAAAAUACUAUUAAGAUAGUUUUAGUUAGCCUUUGUAACUGUAAUUCUCUAUACUUGGAAAUAUUUCUUAAUCUUGACUGUUCUCUAUAACUUGCUGCUGCUAAUAAAGUCGUGUACAUACUUGAAUGCUUCCUACCCCCCACAGCAAUGAACAAACAAAUGUAAAGUGAACAAGUACAUUGUAAGAUGGAAUGAUGCUGGAUGAAACUGUUAUAAUUUGAAAUGACCUGAUCGUGAGAGUGAGCAAUGGAGGUAUCGACAAGGCCAAUGUUUGAGUCACUGCUAAACAAAGGAUGGACUUAAAUACUUUUUUUCAAUUGUAACUUCCUGUGGACGGUUGCCACUGUACCGGACCCUGUCUGAUACACAUCGGAAGCUCCCAAAACUAUCACUGUGGUGUAUUGAACCAGCGUGAAAUAACCCACAGCAAAGACUAGUCCGAUGGGAUGAAAUGUUCGAUACUGAUAAUGUGCAACAUGACCAAGUGUAUUCAGGACAACUAAAACAAUGUGAUCACCCAGUUUUUGCAUUUAUUUAAGCUCUUACUGAAAGCGUUUAAUGUUAUUUAUUGUGUCGGCAUGAGUGUCCAACAGCAGUUUGCCCAAAAAAAAAAAAAAAUUCUAGACAAAGGUUGAUCCAUUCAAUAGUGGGAAAUGAAAGGUUCUGUUGAGUAAGCUAUAAAUGUGCCGUUGACUCGUUGUAAAGCGCAAUGAUGUGCCUGGUAACCUACGAUACUAAAAUAGCAAAGGAUAUAUCAGAAAUUGAAAUCUUGUACGGUGUUGGAUGUCAAUGAAUACAGAAAGAUAAUUAUUGUGAGCUGGACUUAUUCUCAGCAGUGCCAUAUGCUUUUAAGUCACUUCUUUUAUGAAGACGACACCACACUAAUAUGCAACAAAAAUAAAUAAUCGCAAUAAACCUGUUUGAUAAAAUGAUCUUGAACAGUGAAGUGUAAACAAUUCUUAGAUAUGGAAAAUAGGGUUCGGUACAGCUGGAAAAGAACAAUGAGUGAUGGUUUCAGUAAGAAGCUGGACCUUUAAAAAAAAAAUGGUGUUUUCAAUCACGCAAUUAAGAAGCGAUUGUGCUUUAGUUUAUUUCACUUCAAACAUUGAUUGUGUGAAGUUGUCGGCAUUUAUUCUAUGCCAUCUUUUAGAAAGAAAAAACUGAAUUUCUGAAACUCUUAUCAGCAAGUCCUUGACAACUGUCUCUUAGCAUCCUGGCUGCCUGAAAGCAGUCCUGUGCAUACAAAUAUUGAUAUUAUGGAUGAUGGGGGACGGUUGUCAUGGACUGAGGACGUUAUUUUAUUGAAUUCAGUGAUCUCUAUUGCAAUGGUUUUCUUUUCCAUAAAUGGCAAUUUUCACCAUGUGAGGCUCUUAAAUGAGGUCAUUCUAAAAUGUUUUGGAGGAUGUGAAGGAGCGUGUACAGUAAUAGAAAAAAUGGCACAGCAUGCAUAUGUACAGUGGUAAACAAAAUUUGUUUAUAAUCUUUGUGACAUUUUUCUACCUUUACACCGCUGCACUAAAACUGAAGUCUUAAUUAAAUGGUUGCAGAAUUUUACAACAUGAGGAAAAAAAAAUUAGUAUAAUAUAUCAAAUAAUUUUUACUUGCUUUUUUUUUUCUUUUUUGUUACAUUUAUUUGAUUACUGUGAUGUAAAAAGCUUUUUUUUUUAAAACAAAAAUUGUGUCUGAACAACCAGGUUUACAUAAGAUGUCAUAUUUGAUUGCCAAUUUUUAAAAAAUUGUUGAACCAGGAUGUCAACAGUUAGUAUUUCAUUUUUGAAUAUACUAGCUAAAACAUAAAGAAUAGCAAUAAAAAACACAAUCUCUAAAUGAUAAAAGAAACAUCUUAUUUUUUAGUGUAAAAUUAGUAUUGAUAUUGAUAACAUUCUAGAAAUAUGGCCUCAAAUUGAAACUAUAUCAAGGUAGCUUGAAAGUAGUAUGUUGCUCACAUGGGCCGUGCAUCCUACAUAAGUGAAGUUAGAAGCACUUAAUCAUGUUGAGUUCUCUGCAGUAUCACUACAAUACAUUUGGGCUUAAAAAUGUCUGGAUAUUUAGACAGAACAUUUUUAGACCCACAUAUUAAGUUAAGCUUAAAAUAAGAUGAAACAAAAUAUAUAAUAUUUUGUGAAAUUAUUGUUUUUGAAGAGAUUGUUGAUAUACCUUAGCAAGUAAAUAUUUUUUUAAAAAAUCAAGGUCAUCACUUAAUAUAAGGUGACCCAUAUAUAAAUUUAGCAAUUACAGAUUACAUCCUGCAUGUGGUUAGACAAAGAUAUGUUUUUUUUUAGAAAUAAAGCUUGGAAAAUGUUUAAAUAUCCUAAACUUGUUGACCAUUGAAUCAUGCGUUAUGAUCAUACAUCUUGGAAUUGUUACCUGAAAGUGGUCUUUCCCAUCUUUGAGCAGCUGUUGUUUUCUUAGGUUGAGAAGCCUCUUAAAAGAUUUCUAUAUCUAAAUUAACAAAUACUCAUGAACCAAUUAUUUCUUUUGGAAAGGGGAGGGGCAUUCUAAUAAAGGUGUUGUUUAUAUUAAAAAAAAAUGAUUUGUAUUGAGUACUUGUUUCAGUCUGUCACAAACCUGGAUCCAUGCUUGACUUAAAAUUUAAAGGGUUUUCAGUUCAUCAUAUUUAAUUAGAUCUAGGUCAAUUGUAAUUUUUAAAAUAUUUUUUUAUUUACUAUUUCAGUAUUUGUAAAGACAGUAAUAUUAAAGGAGCAGCUUUAAUUUUAAAAAAAUGAAAUUCAGGAAAGAUGAACCCAGUUUUGCAAUUAAUUUCCAAACAUUUUGUUCUAUUAAAAGACAUGCUGUAAUUAGAAAUGCUUCAAUCCCACCUAUCAGUUUUUAUUUAUGAAAGGUUGAAAGAAAACAAAUCUCCAUAAAUAAGACCUAAAAUCCUUUUAUUGUAAAAAGUCAUGAGAAGGUCCAGAGCUUUACUGUAUGAUCAACACAUGACAUUUUUUUAAGGAAUAAGAAAUAAUAAUGCCAUAUAAUAUAUUUUAUCACUUGUCUACAGUUUUUUUUUGGUACUAUUAUUAUUAUUAUUAUCAUCUUUCAUCACGAGAAAUUCUGUCUGGCCAUAUUUUGGAUUAAUUUAAUUAAAUUAUUUAUUCUCUUUCUCUCAUCUGUUGAAUGUUAUUGUCAAUGUGGGUUCAUUUUGUUGUUGGUUGUUUCAGUUGGGCAUGCUGGUGUGCCGUCAAUCAAUCAAUAAAACAUGUUAGUAUAAUC